AUGUGCUGGUUACGAGAUAAGAGGAGUCUGGAGGAGAGUUUCCCCCACCACAAUAUGGUGUUCAUCCUUUUGUUCCAAUUACUGGUUACGUCUGCCUACUCCCUAGCCAUACCCUCCCUUUACAAGUUCGUUACAACUCCAACCGAAUUGCCAGAUGAGCUGGUGUGCUCAGAGGUGGUGAGUAUGAAUAUAGCAGUAAUGGGUGGCAAGUUCUGGCCUGGUCUAGGAGGAUCUGACUCUGACUAUGCCUGGGUAGUAAUGUCCUACAGCCUUUUUGGAAUGGUAGCUGCACCAGUCGCUGGGAUGCUCCUUCACCGACUUCCAUUCACCAUCACAAUCAUCUCCUUUAGCAUCCUCCUGGUUACUGGAGGAAUGGUGUAUGCUCUGGCAAGGUCUGUGUGGAUGGCAUUUGUUGGCUAUGUAAUAAACUCUGCCAUGGCAGAGGUUGAUAUUUCUCCCUACCACUGGCCUGGAUGGCUGCUGGCUGCCCUAACUGCCACUGUUGCCUCUAUCAGCCUUAUUGGUUUUGUUGAGACUCGCUCAAUGCCGCGGGCUAAAGCAUUCUGCCCUUCUAUUGCAUGUCUGAAGAUGGAAACCAAGUUAAGAAGUAGGGUCAAAAAGACCAGCUGCACAUCCUACCUGUUUUUGGUUGGAUGUGCCUUUCUUAUUGGAGCUAGCUACGCCAUCUUUACCAGCCUCAUCACUCCUGUUCUGAGUGACCAGUUUGGAUUCAGCAUCAAGUACACAUCGUACUUUUUCGUUGUAGUAUCUACUGCAUACUUUGGAAGCAGUAUUUUACAGCUAGGGGCCAAGUUGGCAGGUGUUGGUAACAGGAAUAUACUGGGAUUGAGUCUUGUGCUGGUUCUGGCUGGAUCUCUCCUGUUUGGUGACUGGCAGUCCAUUGGACCUGACCCCUGUACCUCCUUCUCCUCAAAUGCCACUGAGAGAGACUGUGGGGAGAUAUCCCCUGUCUCUGGAUCUGGUAGUGGAGCAGGAGACGAGGCAUUCCCAGUAGGACUCUCUGCUGCCAACACAACAGCCGUCCAGGAGCUGGUGGAAGGUUGCCAGGCUCUCAGUGGGCCCAGUAAUGCCUGUUUCUGGAACCGACUCUCUCGAGUCACUGGAGAUUACUGCACUGAGUGUUUGGGGACAUGUCUGAGCACAGAAAGGUCUCAGAACAUCUACCAGCUGAGCUUGGCUGUCAUUAUCCUCUCCAUUGGUGCACCUCUUGGUUUCACCUUUGUCCCUGCCAUUGCAUCAGACAUAACGCCUCUGAAUUCCCAGGGAAUAGUAAUAAGCAUGAUGCUCGGUGUUGGAUUGUUGACAAGAGCAGUCACCCCUUUUUUGUAUAUUCAGAGCUAUGAGGUGACAGGGAGACACACCUACUUUGCCAUGGCUAUUGUGUCUGGGUGUGCAGUACUACUCCUCCUGUCACUGCUGGCUCUCUACAAGAGGCUGGCUCCCAUUCCAAAGACAAAUGCCGUAGCCAUCAGUGUAACGGGAAAACUCGGUUUUGAGGUUGAAUAA